UACUCUAUGACAAUAAAUAACACAUAACCUCUUCUAGUAGUCUAGGUAAUUUGCUUUUUUUCUUUGAAUAUAAAAAUGUCCAUGUUUUUUACGAAUGAACAAGUGAGUUUGGAAAAGGAUGUAGAUUAUAAAGGUACCGUUCAAUAUGACAAGGAAAAGAUACCUUGCUUAUAUGAAAUUAAUCGAUGUAUAUCAUGGAUUAGGACUAAUAAUUUCAAAAGGGUUUGUUUGCAAUUUCCUGAUCAUCUGUUACCAGAUUCUUCAGAAGUUGCUUUUAAAUUACAAGAAGCUUUGAAUCAGCCUGUAUAUAUAAUGGGUGACACCGCUUAUGAAAGUUGUUGUCUAGACUACAUUGCUGCUGGACACAUCAAUGCUGAUGCUAUAAUUCAUUUUGGAGCUAUAUGUUUUUCACAGAGUGCUAAUAAAUUGCCACACUUAAACAUAUAUGAAAAAUAUUAUAUCGAUGUAGAGCAUUUAGGUAAAACUAUUGAGUCAUUUUUAAUUGAAGCAAAUAACAAUGAGGUCUUCUUACUGAUAGAUACACCAUUUAUUCAUGAGAUUGCUCGUAUUCGACAGUUAGCAUUGAAUAUGGUAAAUGUAAAAGUUUUACAGCUUGACAUGGAUAUUGAUUAUUCUAAAAGUGGUUUAUACAUAUUUAUUGGAAAUAAUAACAAAAAAAUGGAGAAUAUCAUUUUCUCAUUGGAUGAACGAAACCUUUACCAAUAUGAUCCUACAGUAUCUAAUGGUUUCAUUGCCGAUUUUAAGGAAAAUCCAGUUAUACUGAGGAGAAGAUACUAUUUAUCAGAAAAAAUAAAGGAUUCUCAAACAUUUGGAAUUGUGAUGGGAACUCUUGCAAUUGAUAAUUAUUUAAAAGUACUCAAUAGAAUGAAAACAUUGCUAAAGUUAAAUGGAAAAAAGUUUUAUGUAUUGAGUGUUGGAAAGAUUUCAGUUGCUAAACUUGCAAAUUUUCCUGAGAUGGAUAUAUUUGUAGUGAUAACUUGUGCUAUGAAUGAGGUAUAUGAUAGCAAAGAAUUUUAUAAGCCAAUAGUUACACCAUUUGAUGUUGAAAAGGCUUUCAAUUUGAAAUCAACAAGUUUGAAAUUUACAUAUGACUACAACAGUUUUCUGAAUGAAGUGUCUGAUGUUUCUAAGAUAAAACCACUUGUUGAGCCUGAUUUCAGUCUAUUAACUGGAAAAAUGAGAUAUAAUCAGAGUGAUAGUUCAGAAGAAAUCUCAACAAAAGAAGAUGACAAAGGAAUAUCCUUGAAGACUAAUGGAGUCCUGGCAGAGAAUUCAAAUUAUGGUGCUGGUUUUCUUGCUUAUAGAAGUUGGAAAGGUUUGGAACAGAAUCUAGGAAAAACUGAAAUUAAAUUAGCUGAAGAGGGAAGAGCUGGAAUUGCUCAGGGUUAUUCAAAUGAAGAAAAAAAUACUUGAUAGUAAAAAAUUCCUGAUAUGGGAAAGAACAAGACUUUACAGGCAUGUAUUCCUUCCAAUUUGAAGACUUCCAGAUGAACAAAAGAAGAUAAUAGUUCUUAAAAUUUUCUUAUGUAUUAUGAAGUUUAUUAAGAAUAUUGAUAUAGUUUAAUGGUCAUUGA